AUCAAAGCCUAUACCUAAAACAGAUGAAGAAUGGUAUGAUUUAAUGGAAACUGAUGAUGAAGAUAGCGAACUAAAUGAUUCAGAAUAUGAUACAGCCGAUGAAGACCCAAAUAUCUAUUUCGAAAAAAUCAAAGACCCAUAUAUUAAUAGAAUAUUGGAAGCUGAAAAAUUUAAUGAAGGUGAAGUAUGUGAUUAUUACGCAUUCGUGCCAAAAGGAUAUUAUGCAGAAAAUGAACCAUUAGGUUUCUUUGAAUCAAUCGAAGAAAAGAUUGUUGAUAUUUACAAAAGAGAGUUAGCUUUAAAGGCUGGAUUAAAGGUAAGAAUCGUAUUAAUAGCAUACAUGAAGAAAAUUACACCAGAAAGUCAAGAACCUAAAUAUAAAUCAAUUCCAUUCAAGCAUGAAACAAUAGAAAUUAUAAGAGAAGAUCGAAUUGGAGCUGUUAUAGAAAAGGGAUAUAACGAAAUUAUUGAUCAGAUAGAAGAUGAAGCAUUGCAAGAAUCAGGAUGGUCUUUUGUUCGAUCAGAAAAAGUAUAUCUUGAAAUAAGCGCUUUUAGGCCAUUGCGAGAUAGUAGUUAUCUACCUUUACCAGAAGCUUUAGAUAAACCUCAACUAGGAUUAAUUAAUCUGCAAAAUAGGGACGAUAAUGA